AUGCGGUCCUACCCCCUUUUGUUGGCCACCAGUGCCUUGUAUGUCACCGUGGGCAAAUGUUCCAGCCAUCCCAUAGCUAUUCCGCUGCCGGCGAAGAACAGUGAACCUAUUCCCAAGGACCUGCAAUCUUUCUCCUUGGAAUUUGCGUUCUUUCCAGACUAUGCUGGCAACAAGUCCUCUCCAAAUGUGUUCUCUCAAAACUUGAUGGAAAACUUCAAGUACCUUACGGGUGUUUACCCUAAGAUCAGAGUCGGGGGUACUUCCCAAGACAAUUCUAUCUACGUCUCUGACCAAAAAGACGGUAUUGAACUUGUCUUUAAAAACCCAACCGACGACCAGCCAAGCCAGAUCAAUUAUGGCCCCGCGUUCUUUGAGUCAUACGAAGCCUUUGGUGACAUGAAUUACAUUCAUGGCUUGAACAUGAAGCAAAAUAGCACUAUCCAGCAACUUACGGAUGCAGCCGUGGUUGCCUGCCGCUCAAUGGGUACCAACCUGGAUUCUUUUGAAUUGGGCAAUGAGAUCAACAUGGAGGCACCAAAGUAUCGGCCUGCGAACUAUACGCUUCAGAGUUAUGUCAAUGAAUGGAAUUACAAGACUGCAGCCAUCAAGACUGCUGUCGAAAAGGCAUGCCCGGGUGCUUCCCUAGGUUUCAUGUCACCCAGCUUUGUUAUUGCGGAUAUAAUCAAGAGCAACUGGACUGCUGAAGCACUCUUCAAGCUUGGUUAUGACCCGAAGAAUCUGACAAAGGAUCUGUCAUUCCAUAACUAUAUGGGCGUAUUCGCACCGCCCCUGGCUCCGGUGUCUUAUGACCUUCAACACGUCCUCAUGAACCACACGAAUAUUAUGCAAAGCUUGGCACCUCAUAUCCAGCGUGCAAAGAACCUUGCCUACCUGGGUCAUCCCUAUACCCUUGGAGAGACCAAUUCGAUCGCAAACCAAGGCCGCAAUGGGGAGAGCAAUGUCUUUGGUGAUGCUCUAUGGCUUGUUGACUUUUCUCUUUGGUCUGCCGCGAAUAACAUCAAGCGCCUUCAUUUCCACCAAGGUCUGAACUAUCGAUAUGCAUCAUGGCAACCGAUUGCCAGCAAGGGGCAACCACCGAAGACAAGGGCGCCAUACUACGGCCAGAUCAUGGUCGCAUCUGCGAUUGGCAGCGCUCAAGACACUCGCAUCGCGAACAUUCCACUGACCGAGGACACAGAGGCUGCAUAUGGAAUUUAUCACGGAGAGGUGCUAUCCAAGCUUGUGGUCCUGAAUCUCCGUGCUUACAACCAGACCGCGUCGAGGAACCGACCCAGUCGGGAGUAUGAGUUCAAAGUUCCGAAACACUUUAAGCAUGCCAAAGUAGACAUUCUGUCUGCGCCAGGCAGCGAUUCUGCGGAGAGCAUUACCUUCGGCGGUGUCUCGUUCGAUUAUGAGCUCCUGGAGGGAAAGCCAGUGGUUGUUGAUGAGAAGGAGGAUACUGCCAUCAUAGAUCACGGGGUACUCCGGAUCAGUGUUGCUGACUCUUCUGCUGUGCUGUUGACAAUAUCCUAA